UACGCUUAGCUUGUCUGACCAAAUUGAAAUAUUCCGAAGGGGCAACAAGCCAGGGGGGCUCGGACUCCAUCCCGCCUCAGCUCUUCGUUCUCCCUUCGUCUUCAUGCUCCUCUCUUAGUGAGAGAGCCUACCAGCAUAGGAACGCUGGUGUGGGGCUACAUGGACCACGAUGCCUCAUCAUCCAGCACAGGACAAGGGAGAUCAGAAGCCAGAGGGGAGUCGACUCCAAGGUCGACGUCCCUCCACCCGCAUUCGCUCCCUCGUCGACAGAUUUGAAGGAUCCAAUGAUGCUGCAGGACCGGCCAUGACUCCGCAUGCCAGAGGCCCAAGAAGAGCGAGCUUAGCCACGGUUACCAAUGUCAACACAAGCCAAGAGGAGGCCCUGAGAGGAGGAGCCUCCCCUUGGGCGGAGAGGCGUCGACAAUCGCUUCCGAUGUCCGCGUCUGCUUCUUCUCCUGGCGCCGGAGCAGGGUUAAGCAAUAGGGGAACAACGAUCAGGGCAGCCGUGGGAGAUAUGAACUGGGAACCGAUUACAACCGCUAGAGGAGCGCAAAGGCCGCCACCUGCGUAUCGGUACUGGUCCAAUCCCAGUCCUGGGUCACCCCUGAGCUCACCAACCGCUGCUGCUGCUGGGAUUCAUCUCAGCAGUAGACAUCCUCACCCGACGCCGGCUCAGCAGGUUUCUCCCAGCCUUCGCAAAGUUGAUGCCCAUGGCGCACGACCGUUGCCCAAUCUCGCAAUCGAGAUGAGCCCGCGCCUUACGCCUGUUUCGGCUCCUUCCCCUGUUGCACCUCCGUCGCCUUCUCUUCCAACUCCUCACAUCCCUUCGCGUGGCAUUCCCAGAUCUUCGCCUUCGAGCUCCACACAUCCCAGUGGUGAUGCGCCUCGGUCUGCUCGCGAUGCGCCCGUCCCCUUUCCCGCUUCUGGUCGGUCGAGGACGGGGGCUACGCAACCCCGUCCUUCCUUGCCUCCUUCCUCUUCGCGCUCGUCAACGAGGGACGGCCUCCCUACGCUAACAGACGACAACCGACCUCCUGUUUUCCCCGAGUAUGGGCAACCGGACUGGAAGAACGAAGGUCGACCAUCAGAAGAAGAAGAAGGACCGUUCGGGGAUGGCGAUUCGAGUGACGAAGCUGCAGAGGGUGACGCAAGUGAUGCAGACCAUGUUCCACUCUUCGGACGCCCCGUCGAUGGCAACGACGAAGAAGCUGCUUUGGGUCUCAAGCCAUACCCAGCAAGGGACGUCUUUGCCGAUGCUGCUGCCCCGUUGCAUCUUCCCGACCUCGACGCCUUCCUCGCGUCAGAACCCCUCUUUUGCACUCCUCGCUUCAGCAGUGGACGGCAAUUGAGCACCGAGGAGGAAGCAGAAUUGUACGGAUAUGCGCGCACGAGCGGGGAGGCAGGUCAGCUUGAAGUGUGCGGAGCUCAAUUUUCCGUUCCCCGAGAGGCUACAAAGGGCAGCGCGAGGCGGAGAAGACCAACAAGGGCUGUUGAAAGCAAUGAGGGGGAGCAAGGAUCAACUUCCGACGAAGCACUCACGCUGAUUGGCGACAAUGAUGAUGAUAGUGAAAAGAAGGUCUUUCCCAGCUACAAUCCAAAUUCGAGCGUCAGUGCCGAUUCGGAAGGCGUCCCUUCCGGUCUGUCGACGCAGAGCCAUCCUGUCACGCGCCUCGACAUGUUUCCACCAUUGAUGCUGCUCCGGAGCAGCACCCUAAACGAGCUCAAGAGCAAUGCCGUGGGUCCGCGUGCGCCACCAGGUGGCUUUCUUGGAAGUCUGCCAGGCAUUGGCUCCAUCCUGGGCACCAUUGUCGACUUCGUCAUCGGUAUGGAAGGCUCUACCUUCGCCGCCGGUAUCUUUCGUCUUGAACUGUUCCGAGACUUUGUGCAGAUUAUGGCUCUCAACCUUCAUUUUACGCCUCGACUCAGCGACAAUCGCGCUCAGCGUGUUCUGCUCUACUACGUUCCUUCCUUCCUGGCCUUGGAUUUCGCCAAUGCGCUCGGCGGGGCAAUCAUUAUUCUGGUCGUAUGGAUCGCCACCGUUGCACUGCUUCUUUACGCCUUCUGGGACAUGACGACGAGGUACAAUCCUAAUCGGACAAUCGAAGGCUAUAGUGGACAGCCGUGGCUCUUUCGUCUUACCUCGAAAGCGAGACUACAAAAGGUCAAGGGCAACCGUGGCAAAGGGACGACGAUGCAGCCUCAGAAGAGCACGGCCAUGACUAAAUUCGUCAACGUAGCCAUCGUCAUGCUCCUCACCACUCUCUAUAUUCCUCUCAGCAAGCUCUGCAUGGAUGCCCUUACCUGGAAUGCCGAUUUCUGGCCGGUGGCCAAUCCGUAUCUGACCGAGGAGAAUCCAAAUCCGCCGGCCUUGGGUGAUCCUCACGUCUUUCGCGACCCACUCGACUUCUGCUAUACGACAACGAUGAGAAGGGACCAAUUCAACUGGGCCUAUGUCGUGAUCCCGCUAGCCGUCGCUACGCUUAUGGGCUACACGCUCUGGUUUCCAUAUAAGCUAAGAAAGGCGAUCAAGUCGCUCCUUCCAAAGGUGCACGAGUACAAUGAGCUCGGGAUAAAGAGGACGCCUGCGGAGAUGGAGAACGAAUAUCAGCGCCUCUUGGACCGCGAUUCGACGCCGCUGAACUUUCUCUACAACGCUUAUCGACGCCAAUGGGGCAAUUACAAGCCGCUGUACAUUCUCUGCUUCAAGCUGUCGACGCUUUUGAUCAUCUCGAUUUUCACCAAGGACAAUUGUAUUUGGCGUACGAAGAACACUCGACUAGUCCUGGUCAUCCAGCAAACGGUCCUCAUCUGCCUGCAGGCUGUUCUAAUGGCUGCCCACAUCAUCGUGAAACCUUUCGUCGAUCCGAUCUCCAACAGAUCGGAAAUGGUGAGCCGUGUGGGCUACGUCUUGACCGCCACGAUCGGCCUUCUCGUGGCACUUCAGGUUCAGGGAUCGACAGUGUAUAACACGACCAUUCUCUACAUCAUCCAAGCGUUUAGUUACACGGGCAACAUCUACUUUUCUCUAGCCGGCGCCGGCUGGAUGGAGCAUCUGAUCAAGCGAUGGCAAUCUCGAGUCGAUUUCAGCAUAGACGUCUUUUCGCCCUUGGUCAACCUCAGGAAGCACAUUAAACGUCGUGUCUGGGAGGAAACGCUCUCGACAGUUCUACUCUGUGCUGCGCCGUACCAUAUGCCUUUGGGACACCUCGUCACAUUCAGCACCGACGAUGACUGGCCGCCAUACCUGCUCAACUUUCAGGGAAGUGCAGCUGAGAGACACGUCGAGAAUCUCAAGAUUCUCAAGGCGAUUGGUCUCACCACAUACCGCAAGCAUGUCGAGGAGCUUCGCAUGAACGACGACCGAGCCAGGCGUUUCAAAAAAGUGGCGCGCAAAAUUCAGCGAUCAUUCGCCGGACCCGACGCUUAUUGGAGACCCUUGAAUCCGCCCUUUGCCGAUGGUGUCUCGUCGUGGUUUGGCAAGGCUUUCCUCGUCCCUUUCCCUCCUACGCUCCUGAUUCGCUACGACGAGGCACGGGAUAGCGAGGACAAAAUGGUGGCGCUCACGCAGCUGGAGGAUCUGGAGGCUUUCGUUUGGCAAAAUGAGCAGAAGGAUGUCAAAGAAAGGCGCUGGGUUCGCCUGGCACUGCGUGCCCUCGACGGACAGGAGGUUCAUUGUCCCCAUGUCGAAGCGAUCCAGUAUGGACCUGAUCGUAACAUCUUCGGACUGCGACUGCGCCAGCGCUACACCCUGGCACGACCCGUCUUUUAUGACAAGGGCACCUUGAGGGUGAAGCGCAAGGAGCACGCGGCUUGGCCGACAUACAACUUUGCUUCUGGCUUUGACGUCGAGAUUACCUACACCUCCGGUCAGCGUCAGGACCCAGAGGGUCUGACUGUGGAUCGCAUUAGCCGCACCAUCGAUGGCGCAACUGCCUUUGGGCUUCACAAUACCUUUGCGCUGACCAGGCAGGUCAAGCGUUUUCUGCGGGACAACCAGUCUGUGCUGGAGGUCAGAAUGCCCCUGCUGCGCGACAUGCUCCAAAACUAUCGCGAUGAUUUCGUCCGCGAGGCCAUCCAGAAGGAGAAAAUCAUGGACUACGCUUUCCUGACCGACAUCUUCGAUCGACCUUGCCUGACGUUGCCAGAGCUGCGGGCAUGCUUCGAAACCAACAGCAGUAGCGCUGCCAUUCGGGGUUUUCCGCAUCGUUAUCGAGCUGCGACGAACAUCCUGUUCGAGCGCCUAAACGCCAUCAACCGGAGCAAAGUUCACCAGUGGUGGUGGCUCUACUGGGACGAUCUUUGGCGACAAAACAGUGGCGACUACAAGUUGCUGAGAAAGCAUCGUCGGUUCUUUUCGCCGGCCUUUCCCAGCAGCGUGGCCUAUAGACCUAUGCCGCGUGCAGAGCUUGAAAGAGAGCUGGACAAGCGCGGCCUCUGGGUCAAGGAGGGAACAAAGGGCAUUUUCACCCGAGGAUCUCUCAACGCCAUCUUUUUUGUUGUCGACGAAAUCGCCUUUGCCAAAAUCGAUCCCGUAAAGUCCCAUUCGACGAAUUGCCGCUUCCCGACCUCCACCACUCCGUCAAAGAGGCCAGAAAACGGCUCGGUCGUGCGUGUGGGCCUGACCACGCUCGACGGCAAGGCCGUUGAGCCAAUAUCGUACGAAUCGGUCGACUCCUCGCUCGAUCCCAUGUCGCGCUUCACGGGAGGAGGGACGGCUCACGACCAGACUUCCAUCCUCAAUAGGAGAGCUUGGACAUGGACCGAGCAACGGCUAUCGAGAGGUAAACCAAAUGGUCGACUGGCUCGAAUCAAAAACAGCAUUCUAGAAUGGCUCGCCAUCCGACCGUACCCCAUCAAUAUGUCCCUGAGGGAUCUUCAUCUCUACCUCGCUCUUGUGCAAGAUCCAGCGCGGCCCGGCUCGAUGCGCUACGUGACCUCGAAGCGCAAGGGCAAGGGCAAAUCUACCCUCACAUCUUGAACCCUUUGCUUCAUCCCUUUCGCCUUCGCCAUUCACCCUUUUUGCGUAUUUGCUUUUCAACUCAUCGACUCUA